UGCGCUGUGCGGCUGUGGUGGCUCCGGAGGGCGUGUUCUCUUCGUUUACUCAGCCAACACAAACGUCGAUACACACACUCACGCGCCGCGCUCAACAGGAACUUUUCGGCAAACUUUUCACAGAUGGAACUGACAGAAGCUCGCGAGUAAGGAAUGGAAGGGAAGCAGACUGACUCGUCUCUUGACCUGAGCCACCUGACAGACGAGGAGCAGUCUUCCAUCCUGCAGGUCUUACAGCGUGACUUGGAUUUGCGUCAGCGUGACGAAGGACGUGUAAGGGUCCUCGAAGAGACAGAGACAGACCAGACGCGUCUGCGCUUCUUGUCCGGGGCGUGGUUCAGAGAGGAGUGCAGCAAACGUCACCGCACCCGAACUUCGGCCUGCGACCUUGUCCGGUCCACCAUACGCUACAGAAAGGCAAAGAGCAGAGAUGUACCCCUGAAUGAACUGUUCAGUGGAGAGAGAGCGGAAACCUCCGACAACAACAACACCUCUCCCGAGGCGCAGGAAAGACUGAAGGACGGCACGGAGGAAGAGAGUGGAGGGAGGGAUGUAAAUUUGAAACCUACCCCCAUACCCAGAACAAAAAAUCCUGUUGUGCAGGGUGUCCCGCAUAGAAAUAGUUCCUCGUCAUUCAAAGAAUGCGAAAGGAGAAGUAACGGCCAUGGAGAGAGACCUGAGGACGACUCGACAGAUGGUCACAAUGGGGACAGUGACUCUCUGGGCAGCAGCCUGACGGAGCCAGAUCUCCCCUCUCUGAGAAGCAGCUCCACCAACAGCCUCCAUUCAAACUACACGCUCAGUGGAAGCAUGAUGAGCCUGUUUAGCUCGGGGGACUUCGGAGCGGUGGAAGUGAGGGGCCGGAUCCAAUACUUAUUGUUUUACGACACCCAGAAAGAGGAGCUGCAUGUCAAAGUGCAUCGCUGCGAGGACAUCGCUGCAGCGCGCAAGAGCCGUUCCGACCCAUAUGUAAAAGCCUAUCUCUUGCCCGACAAGUCGAGUCGCAGUAAGAAGAAAACUUCAGUGAAGAAGAAGACACUAAACCCUGUCUAUGAUCAGACACUCAAAUAUAAAGUGCGGGUGGGGGAGCUCCGGAGCCGGACGUUGAAUCUCUCUGUGUGGCAUGCCGAGCCCCUGGGGAGAAAUGUGUUUCUGGGGGAGGUGGAGGUGUCCCUGGGGCUCUGGGACUGGACGUGCACGCAGCCCCUGUGGCAAGACCUGCAGCCACGAGUUUACAUGAACCCAGAUGCCAUUAGCAGUCGUGGGAACAUAAUGUUCUCUAUCAAAUUCAUUCCAGAUGGAUAUGAGGGUGGUGGUCUGCCUCUGACGGGAGAGCUUCACAUCUGGCUCCGAGAGGCUCAAAGUCUCCUUUCCAGCAAAGGAGGCGCUGUAGACUCUUUUGUUAGAAGCUACAUUCUCCCAGACGCCAGUCGUCAGAGUGGUCAGAAGACGCGGGUGGUGAAGCGCUCCAUCAGCCCGACCUACAACCACACCAUGGUGUACGAUGGCUUCCAAACCAGCGACCUGAGAGAGGCCUGUGCUGAGCUAAGUGUGUGGCAACGCGAAGGGCUAAAGACAUUUGCCCUGGGAGGGGUUCGUCUGAGUUGUGGAACUGGUCAGAGUUAUGGCGAGGCGGUCACCUGGAUGGACUCCACAGAAGAGGAGGUCAAUGUGUGGACCUCCAUGAUCGAAAACCCAAACCACUGGAUCGAUGCAACACUACCAAUCAGAACUAACCUCACACAACGGCCUGAAUGACUCAGGCAUAUGUUCAUAUGAUGUUGAACUGAAAUGACAGCCUCUUCACGUCAGCACAUUUCAGUUUAUCUCUAUCUGUCACAACCACACGAUUGUACAGAGUAGUGGUGCAACAGAGUGUCUUGAUGGCGUAGAUUACACUUUUAGUUUUCAAAUCAGAUGUUUUACAUGUAUAUUUUUAGUUCCGUAUCUAAUCUGACAGAAAAUCUGACAUUUGUAAAUCAUUGUAGUUUAUUAAUUAAAUAUCAAACCUAACUGAUGAA